CCCCCAUUUGCUCCGAUCAUGGAGUCCGAUAGUAUGCAGCCUUCGAAUCAUCUGACCAAAGGGUGUGAAUGUGGUUGUAAUUGUUGCGAUCCCCGAUUUUGUACCGGUACAUGGAUUCGAUCCGUGAAGCGAAAACUCGAUGAACUCGAAGUCGAGAAGGAAAAAUUCAUGAUCUCGGGUAUUUUGAUCCCGCAAGUGGCUCAUGUCGAGCUUGAAAAUGAAUGCGGUGUACUUCGUGAGAUGGUUAACAAUCAACAACAGAGCAUUCACGAUCUUUCGAUCGAAUUGGAGGAGGAAAGAAAAGCGUCUUCUUCGGCCGCAAACGAAGCCAUGUCCAUGAUCUUGAGGUUGCAGCGUGUCAAGGCCGAAAUCGAGAUGGAAGCCCGCCAAUUCAAGCGGUUUUCUGAGGAGAAAACGGCUCACGAUCAGCAAGAGAUUGCGGCAUUGGAAGAUUUGUUGUACAAAAGAGAGCAAACGAUCCAAUCGUUAACCUGCGAAGUACAAGCAUAUAAAUACCGAAUGAUGAGCUACGGCUUCACGGAAUCGGAAGUCGAAGGAGAAAAAGGUGUGAUUACAAGCAGUAAUAGCAUCGCCGCAAGCUCGGACAACCAAUUCGACUACUUUCCGUUUGAUUACCCCCCUCUCAAAUGCCAUUCAAACGAACAACACCAAGCUAAUUAUCCCGAAUCAUCCGAUAACGAAACAGUCGAUAUCGAUAAAUACACAUUUGAAGAAACCCCGCGAUCUUUAAAAGACAUAGAACAAAGAAUCAACGAAUUGGAAAGAAGCCCGAAACACAGCCAACCAAUCCUGGAUAAACUGAUCGUUGGUCAUUCUCCAAGAAAGCCGAAAUCGAGCAGGUUUUCCAUGGAUGGCAGCACUGGUUCGUUCUUCGCAACAAUUAAAGAAGAUUCUGUAUCAGAUUCACCAAGAUUUGGUGGCAAUAUCAGGAAGAUGGAUUCACAAGAUUACUCUAGCUUCAAGAAGGUCGAUAAUGGUUCAGAAUUUGGGGAUGAAAUGAGUGAUAGGAUAUAUACUGUGGAUUCUAUUCAUUAUGAAGCAUCGUAUCAUAAUAAUAAUAAUAAUAAGAAUAAUAAUCCAAAGGCAAACAUGCCGAUAUCUGAUGAUUUUAUGAGUACUCCAAAGGAUUCAAUGUGUCGAACUGAUAUGGAUCAAGAUCCAGAAGUGAUGAAGCUUUAUGCAAGACUUCAUGCUCUAGAAGCAGAUAGGGAAUCGAUGAGGCAAGCAAUCAUAAAUAUGCGAACAGAUAAGGCACAACUGGUAUUGCUCAAAGAAAUUGCUCAACAUUUGUGUAAAGAAGUCUCGCCGACAAGCAGGAUGCCUGUUAAGAGACGAUCUGUUCUUUCGAGGUUUUUCAUCUUCUCAAUAUUCAAGUGGAUUGCAUCAGUUGUCUUCUGGAGAAGGAAAGCAUAUGAAAGCAAGUAUAUGUUCGGUAUGACUUCAAGGAAUCCAGGGAUGAUGGUGCUUUUAGACAAAGGACCUCAGGUUGGGCAAUGGAGGUGUCUUUCAAGAACACAACUUUGAACGUAUUCAUGUCAAAAACUCUGUAUCCGUCUAUAUAUGUUUUGAUAUCUCGUGGAUUUCUAAUCUUUAUCUCACAUGCACACACUGCUUCUUGGGUAGAUUGAAAUUUUCUUUCCGGGAUAACUUCUCGUUGCAUAAUUUGGCUUGUGGUUUAGCUUGCGAAUCGUUAUGUUUUUCCCUUGAACUGGUUUUCUGGUCGAUUAGCGACAAAGAAUGUGAAUACGGAUGUAGGUCUGGUCGACUCGUAAGAUUUGAUGGAAUUUAGCUCAAAUGCAUAAAAUGUAAC